GGGGCCGGGACCAGGGGAGGGGGACGCGAGGCGGGCGCCGCCACCGCGGUUAGAAGGCAGCGAAAAGUUGCCUGCGCCGAGAGCCCGGCAGGCGCACGCUCGUACGGCGGCCGCAGCGGCAGGGCGGGGCCGGGAGCGGCGGGGACCCCGGGGACGCCACCUCGCUUCCCUUGGUGUCUCGAUCGGCUCUCGGGAACGUCCCGGGAUCCCCAGGACUUUCGCGCGCAGCCAUGGGUGGCGUCGGGGAGCCCCGAGGGGGGCGGGGGCCGGGGGAGGGGCCCGUGCGGCCGGGGGCGCCGCUGCCCACUUUCCGCUGGGAGCAGAUCCGCCGGCACGACCUGCCUGGCGACAAGUGGCUGGUCAUCGAGCGUCGCGUCUACGACAUCAGCCGCUGGGCACAGCGGCACCCGGGGGGCAGCCGGCUCAUCGGCCACCACGGCGCUGAGGACGCCACGGAUGCCUUCCGCGCCUUCCACCAGGAUCUUGGUUUCGUGCGCAAGUUCCUGCAGCCCCUGCUGAUCGGAGAGCUGGCCCUGGAGGAGCCCGGCCAGGACGGAGGCCAGAACGCCCAGCUGGUCGAGGACUUCCGAGCCCUGCGCCAGGCAGCGGAGGACAUGAAGCUGUUCGAGGCCAGUCCCGCCUUCUUUGCUGUGCUGCUGGGCCACAUCCUGGCCAUGGAGGUGCUGGCCUGGCUCCUCAUCUGCCUCCUGGGCCCUGGCUGGGUGCCCAGCACCCUCGCCGCCCUCGUCCUGGCCAUCUCCCAGGCUCAGAGUUGGUGUCUACAGCAUGACCUGGGCCAUGCCUCCGUCUUCAGGAAGUCCCGGUGGAACCACGUGGCCCAGCAGUUUGUGAUGGGGCAGCUGAAGGGCUUCUCCGCCCACUGGUGGAACUUCCGCCACUUCCAGCACCACGCCAAGCCCAACAUCUUCCACAAAGACCCAGACGUGACUGUGGCGCCCAUCUUCCUCCUGGGGGAGUCUUCCGUCGAGUAUGGCAAGAGGAAGCGCAGAUACUUACCCUACAACCACCAGCACCUGUACUUCUUCCUGAUCGGCCCGCCGCUGCUCACCCUGGUGAACUUCGAGGUGGAAAACCUGGUGUACAUGCUGGUGUGCGUGCAGUGGGCGGACUUGCUCUGGGCUGCCAGCUUCUAUGCCCGCUUCUUCUUGUCCUAUGUCCCCUUCUACGGCGUCCCUGGGGCACUGCUCUUCUUUGUUGCUGUCAGGGUCCUGGAGAGCCACUGGUUCGUGUGGAUCACACAGAUGAACCACAUCCCCAAAGAGAUCGGCCACGAGAAGCACCGGGACUGGGCCAGCUCUCAGCUGGCGGCCACCCGCAAUGUGGAGCCCUCGUUCUUCAUCGACUGGUUCAGCGGGCACCUCAACUUCCAGAUCGAGCACCACCUCUUCCCCACGAUGCCGAGGCACAACUACCGCAGGGUGGCCCCGCUGGUCCAGGCACUGUGCGCCAAGCACGGCCUCAGCUACGAGGUGAAGCCCUUCCUCACCGCGCUGGUGGACAUCGUCAGGUCCCUGAAGAAGUCUGGGGACAUCUGGCUGGACGCCUACCUCCACCAGUGAAGGCAGCAGAUAGGGGUAAGGGGCCCCAGGCCCAGCAACCCCCAAGCCGACCCCACACAGGAUCAACACUCCAGCCCUCCACCUGCCGGCCUGGGGGUGCCCUGCCUGCCC